CGAGAAUCUCUUUUGCCUCUGCAAGACAUGAUCGCACUACUCCACGACUGAAUCUCCCAAACUCGCCUCACUUCAACGUCGAACAUGACCGACUCGCCGGGGCCAGCGCUACAAUGGUCCGGGCAGUUCGUCACGUCUUCAGCACCUCAACGACAGACUCUACCCGGUGACAAGAUCACGCUGCCUCCGUCGGCACUCGAACAACUGCUCUCCGCAUCUUCCCAGCUCGCAGCGCAAAAUGCGCGCCAGAACCUCCCCACCUACGACCCUUUCAAUGCGUCAUCCUAUUCUGCCCUCAUGCAGGCCGAGUCGCAGUACCAAGACCAGCGUCAGCAGCUCCCAUACCCUCUCACUUUUCGAUUGGUGAAUCCCGUCAACGGCCGAGUCGUGUAUGCGGGGAUCCGUGAGUUCACUGCCGACGACGGCGAGGCUGCGCUCAGUCCUUUUUUGCGAGAAGCGCUGGGUCUACGGCACGAUGGAAAGGAGCAGAAGAAAGACACUGGUAUGGAAGAUGAGGAUGUGAACAUGGAAAAUGGCGGACCGAGUCAUGCCAUCACCGUUCACGCAAAACAACUACCCAAAGGCACAUUUGUGAAACUUCGACCGCUUGAAGCAGGAUACGAUCCCGAAGACUGGAAGGCAUUGUUGGAACAGCACUUACGGCAGAACUAUACCACUCUCACAAACGGCGAGAUCUUGGCAGUCCCGGGUAGCAGAGGUCUCAACGGCAUCAGGGAGGAGUUCAGAUUUUUGGUCGAUGGAUUCAAACCCGAGACGGACGGAGUUUGCAUUGUCGAUACCGACCUCGAAGUCGAUAUUGAAGCAUUGAACGAAGAGCAAGCACGCGAGACGCUAAGGCGAAUUGCCGAGAAAUUGCACAAAGCCCCAGGCACAGAUCAAGGGAGUUCGGCUGGCGGAGACAUUGAUAUCUUCAAAGCACAAGAAGGCCAAGUGCUGCCCGGUGACUACGUGGAUUACAACCUGUCCUCCUGGGAUCGCGCACACCCGAUUGAGUUCGAAUUGACGUUGCAAAACGAUGACGAUGAGGUCGACCUUCUCCUCAGUCCAUUAUCACCCACACAGCGCGCGAAGCCUAGGAUGGACGAACACGUCUUUGCAGAUUUCGAAGGCCGGCCGCGGAAGAGAAUACGACUGGAGCCGUCCAAUGCUGACCUUGAGCACGCCGAGGCUCUGCAGCUUUCUGUACACGCAUUGUCUGCCAGCGAAUUGCAGUCGAAUGGGGACAAUGUCACCAAUGGAACCACUACACAUCCAAUACACUAUACGCUACGUGCAUAUCAUCCAGAUGGCACCAAAGCAGUCCAGAACGGGGCCCAAGCUUCAGAUGUGCCUCCCAGUCCCGACGACAUCCGGUGUAAGAACUGUCAUCAGUGGAUUCCCAAAGGUAGCAUGGUCCUGCACGAGAACUUCUGUUUCCGGAACAACAUCCUCUGUCCGCACGGCUGUGGCCAAGUCUUCCAGAAACGCUCCCCAGCAUACGAGCACCACUGGCACUGCCCUCACGAUACCUCCUUCGGCAACACUCCGCUCGCUCAUACCAAACACAACACUCUCUUCCACCCCGCGUCCGUCCUCCGUUGUCCCAACUGCGACACGCAAGAGACCUUCUCCACCCUGCCCCUCCUCGCCCACCACCGCACAACUACCUGCCCCGCUAAACCCAUCCUCUGCCGUUUCUGCCACCUCGUUGUACCACAAGAGGGCGACCCCGACGUGCCGAACGCCGAAGCCCUGCUCUCAGGAAUGACACCUCACGAACUAGCAGACGGCGCACGAACUACAGAAUGCCAUCUGUGUAGCAAAAUUGUACGUCUUCGCGACAUGAGCACGCACCUCAAGAAUCACGACCUCGACCGCUUGGCGCGCGCGCGCCCGAUUCCGUGUCGCAAUGUCCUCUGCGGCCGCACGCUGGAUGUCUGCUCUAAGAGUGGCGAUACCCGUGCGGGUACGCGCAUGGGACAGGGCCCCGGCAACGAUGUGGGGUUGUGCAGCGUGUGUUUCGGCCCGCUGUAUGUCAGCAUGUACGACCCCGAGAACAAGGCUUUGAGACGCAGAAUCGAGAGGAAGUAUUUGCAACAAUUGCUCACCGGCUGCGGCAAGAGCUGGUGCCGCAAUGAAUUCUGCAAGAACGGACGCAAGAAUUUCGAGAUUGGCGGAGGCACGACUCUGACGGCCAAGGACGCGCUACCAAUGAUCAAGCCUUUUCUCGACGGCUUGAGUCAUGCCGGUGCUGGUGGUACGCCGUUGCACUUCUGCGUUGACGAAGGGAGCCAGAAGCGGAGAACACUUGCCGAGUUCCUGGCUGCGGAGGAGGAUGGGCAGGGUGGAGUGCGUGGGCGUGGGUUUCGAUGGGAGUGGUGUCUCGGUGCGCUGGAGGCGGAGAGUGGGAGUCUAGAUGCUGCGAGGAUGUGGUUGAAGAAUUACGCUCCGACGAGGGCGGAGGAGGAGCGGUUGUAGUGGCGAGGCGGGGGGGUUGAAUUCAUGUAGACCUCGAACGCCGAAACGUUUACCAGC